AGUGGCACUACACAUAUUAAUAUUAUGUACACACAAACUGCACAGCUAUAAUACCAGUUUUCAUAUACCUGUUGCGUUAGUAAUCAAACAACAUUCAUACGUAGUGCCAGUGAAUUUGCCAAACAAUGGGUUCCUUCGCAAUUGUAACAUUGUUUGCUGUGGUGUUCAUCGCAGCGUACGUUGAAGCAGGCCCUGCUGGCAACUGUCCGUUGCCAUCGAAGAUCUACGGCUGCAGCCCCAAAUGUCACGACAACUACGACUGCAGUCAUGGCAAGGCAUGUUGCCCGAACAGCUGCAAUGCCAAGUCCUGCGUUGACUUAGCUGCACAUGGCGGUGGGAAUAAUGACAAGUAUUCGCAAUCUGGAGGCGCAGGAGUUUACUGCGCUAACCAAAAGUGCAGUCCCUUUGAGAAGUGCAAGUUGGAUCCCGCUACGAAGAAGAUGAAAUGCAUGCGCGCUUAACCCAAUUUUUUACAAUCACAACUUUUUUCAUUUAUACUCGUAAAUUUUUAAGCAUCUGUCAAAAUAGUAUAUUAUUUUGACAGAAACAGACACAUUCGUUAUUUAUGCGUAUAGAAAGAAAAAUGGAUUAACAAAAGAACUGCAAAUAUUAAAGAAGUAUGUGUCACGUCAUCUCAAAAAAUGGUAAAAUUCAGAAACCAGAUGCUAAGUCUGACGUCUGACGAAGUCCUUACGUCAAUUUUUUUUUAAAUUUUGAUAUACAGGAGAUCGACCUCUCUCGUUUCUGAAUCUAACUCUUAGUAAUGAUAGAUGCAACUUGACAAUAAUUUUUGAGGGUACUUUAUGUACUUUUAAUAUAUUAAAAAACAACUGCGAAUAUACCUGUUGCCAGCUCAUUAGACGGAUUAUUAGAGAUUCUUAGAUUUUAAAUUAUUAUUAUUUUGUCAAAUUUUAUACUUUAUUAAAUUAAUAUAUUAUGAUCA